AUGGCCCACUGGAGGGAGGAAUACUUGGCUGCCCUGACAGUCAGAGAUAACCGAGAGAAAGCAAAUGCUCCCCUCUACGCUGCCUAUGCCCAGCUUGCAGAUCGCACCAGCAACUUAGAAAUAACAGCAAAAUGUGCCAGUCCUGCAACAGCGCAGAGUGAAGCUCAAUCCACCGUUCCUUCUCCUAUAGUUCCACUUUCCAAAAAGCAACGGCCGGCUGAGCCAGGGUUUCCCCCGACCGAUCUCCUCAAUGCUACUCGUGCAGAUUUGUCCGAGGCGCAGCGACUCCGCUCAGAAUUACAAGACCGCUUGAAUCGAGUCAAUACAGAAGUGGAAACACUUCGCAAGAAAAGUUCGCAAGAGGGUCGACGAAUCAAUGCUUUGGAAAGCGAGAGGGCGCAUCUCAAGCUACGAUUGCAAGACAGAGAUGCGGAGCUGAAAGGGAAGGCUAAGCUGCUAGAGGAUUUCCAAGAUGAACUAGCGACACUAAACCUUCAGCUUAAUAUGACCGAAGAACGGUCAACUCGACUUAAGAAUGAGAACCAAGAUCUAGUUGAUCGUUGGAUGGCUAGGAUGGGGCAAGAAGCUGAGGCUAUGAAUGAUGCAUCAAAGUAUUCCUGA